CGCUAUGUAUCUAUGCUUCUCUUGUCAUAUGGCUGACAUGAACACCAAUAUAUUUAGAAUUCUUCAGCCUUGCUGCUUUUCAUUUUCAUGCAGCAAGAUCACAGCUUAGAGUACACAGAACAUUCCAGCUAUUUUGUAGCAUUGGGUACAGGUUUUCAAGACGAAUGACAUUCUCACCUCAUUCAUACUCACACAAAGGUUUGCCGGCUUUCAGGGACAUGCAAUGUAAGUUUUCUGACAGCUUGAAAUCUGUAGAUGGCAGCUUUUCCGCUUAUCACCUUUGUGGAACGCAGGGGACACCCAGCAGACUUGGCUUAUUCUUUGGACCAACAACGGUCAUCCCAGUAGAUGGUGACAAUACAUAAAGGCUAAGGGGACAAGGCUCCAACUGUAAUAGCAAACGCUUAUGCAACAUAUCAUUGAUAACCAUCCAGACAUGGCUACUGCUUUGCUAGCUGGAGAGAAAUUGAGAGAACUGAUCCUGCCAGGGCAGCAGGAUGAUAAGGCUGGGUCCCUGGCAGCCCUUAUGGUUCAGCUAAAACUGGAGCUACCUUUUGAUCGAGUGGUAAGCAUCGGCACAGUCCUCAUCCCUAUUCUCCUUGUCACCUUGGUCUUCACAAAGAACUUUGCUGAGGAGCCUAUAUACUGCUAUACACCUCACAACUUCACCCGGGAUCAAGCCUUGUAUGCCAGAGGAUAUUGCUGGACAGAACUUAAGGAUGCUUUACCAGGGGUGAAUGCCAGUCAGUGGCCUUCAUUAUUUGAGCACAAGUUUCUUCCAUAUGCUCUUCUUGCCUUUGCUGGAAUUAUGUAUAUUCCUGCUCUGGGAUGGGAGUUCCUGGCUUCAACUAGGUUGACUUCAGAGCUGAACUUCCUGCUUCAAGAAAUCGACAAUUGCUAUCAUCGUGCAGCAGAGGGGCGUGCUCCCAAAAUUGAAAAGCAAAUUCAGUCAAAAGGUCCAGGCAUUACAGAAAAAGAGAAGCGAGAAAUCAUAGAAAAUGCAGAGAAGGAAAAAAGCCCAGAACAAAACCUAUUUGAAAAAUACCUGGAAAGACGAGGUCGCAGUAACUUUUUAGCCAAACUAUAUUUAGCAAGACAUUUGCUCAUCAUAUGUUUAAGCAUCAUACCCAUGACUUAUCUAAGCAUAUAUUAUGCAACUCAGAAGCAAAAUGAGUUUACCUGUGCAUUGGGAGAGCCUCAUCUUAAAACCAGUAACUCACGGUUGCAUAUUAGGGUAAACUGCAAAUUGCCGUCUGUUCAACUCCAAAGAAUCAUUGCUUCAGUAGAUAUUUCUCUACUUAGUUUUAUGAAUUUAAUCAUUCUUGUCAACCUAAUCCAUCUCUUCAUUGUCAGAAAGUCCAACUUUAUUUUUGACAAAUUAAAUAAAGUUGGCAUAAAGACUAAGAAGCAGUGGCAGAAAUCCCAGUUUUGUGACAUAAAUAUCCUCGCCAUGUUUUGCAAUGAAAAUCGGGAUCACAUCAAAUCCUUAAAUCGCCUAGAUUUUAUUACCAAUGAGAGCGACUUAAUGUAUGACAAUGUGGUCCGUCAACUACUCGCAGCAUUAGCACAGUCUAAUUAUGAUGCCACCCCCACCAUGCGGGACACUGGUGUCCAGACGGUUGACCCCAGUGUUGACCCAGCAGAUAUUGAUGUCAAUGAACAGCUUGUAAUCAAGCGUCCUCGGAAGAAAAUGAAGUGGAUUUCCAGUAGCAAUCCUCUACCCCAACCCUUCAAGGAACAAAUAGCCAUAAUGAAAAUUGAAAAUAGUAAACCGGAGAAGCUAAAACCAGUGAGAAGGAAAACGGCGACAGACACCUUAAUAGCUCCGCUUUUGGAGGCUUCUUCGAAAUCUUCACCUCAUUCAUCUCACAAAUGUGAUGUUAGUACCAUGUCAAGCAUUGCUGGUGAGAAAAAACAUGCUCGGCACUUCUCAUUAGAUGUCCAACCGUAUGUUCUUAGUAACAAAAAGACCAAGUCAGAGACACAGGACAGUGCUCCAAUAGCCAUGUCUGAAAGCCAAGAGAAUGGUUUCCCAAGCCGGGAAGAUAGUGUGACUGCACAUGUAAAAGAUACAUCAAAAUCUGCAAAAAUAACUGAGAAAGAAAAUCAGCCAUUAUCUGAAAGUUGUGGUAAUGUCUCUGUCACUGCGGCAUUUCUCACUUGCGGAAGUCACAUGGUGAGUGCUGCAGUCUCUUCAUCAAGUGUUACCCUUAGUCAGGUUAAGCCUGAGCCCAUGACGAUCUUCAACCGUAAUCCUACUCAUCCUUUGCUCCAUAUUAACACUCUAUAUGAGGACAUGGAUGAACGUAUCACCACUACUUCCUCCCCUGAUCCAGCAGACAUCAUUUCAGUUAUACCACCAAAGCAAGUUAUGUUGGCCCCUUUUGAAGAACCCAGGGCAAUAAUAAAUUGUGUGGACUACUAGACUUGAGAGCUGCAUCAAACCACCAUGCAAAGUCACUGCAUGAGCAUGGAAAAAUGUAUUCUAAAUAUGCAAGCAGCAGCUUCCAUACACAGCAUUGUCAAAAAUAU